AUGGGCUCUUACUUCUUGUAUGUCCAAUGUGACCAACUUUCUGGAAUGUUGUCAUGCUCUGAUGAUGUCUGUCCGAACAGACGAGCACUAAGAACCGAUUUGAAACUAGCAGGAGACUACGCCCCAAAUCACAUGUUCAUUUUGAUUGUACAUGGCUUUUCUCCAAAGAAGCAAUUGUCCUCACUGCCAUCAACUUUUCACACCACAUGUCCCCAAUUAGCCUCAUCUGGGUGCACAGAUUCCGAGUUUCAACCGGUACUUUCAAGAGCCAAAUUGCACAAACUGCCCGUCAGAUAA